CCGUGAUCUUGUUUUCAUCCAGCAAAGAUGCCGGUGACUGGAUUUGACCCAAAAUUAUCAGCACAGCUUCACAACCGGAUUCUCGAACGUGCAUGGAUUGGCGCCGGACGAGAUGUCGCUUCGCUUCCGUCCAAGAGCUGGUGGGAAGAGUCAUCCCCAAUUCCCGUCGAUCUCGCAUCUCGCCUAAAUCCGAACUUGAUUCAGUUCCUACGGUCGGCAAGAGCUAUCAUGUUCGAACCUUCCUCUGAGUUCCACUUUUUCUAUUAUCUGCUCGCGCUCCAUGGGAAACACGAAAUUCUGCAAGAAUCUCUUCUCCGAAAGUGGGGCGAUCGCUUAGUAUGGUUAUAUCCAUCGACUCGAACGAAGAGCGAUGAAGAAGUCGGUAUUGUCUUUGAUCAGGAAACCGAGCUAGCUUCCUUCGUCCCAGACUGGGAAGAUUUGGUCUGGUAUGAUCUGGGACAGUGGUCGUGGCGGCCGUUACAGCACAUCCUGCAAGCCUAUCUGGACAUCAUCGAUCAGGGCAAAAUCACGACAUAUUCUGACAGCGGAAAGGCUGACCACGGUAGAUUUAGAGUGUUCCCUUGGGAGAUCCACCAAUAUACUCUCAAGGAUGUGGAGGGGGCUGUCACUGCCUUUACUCGUCUUCUUGAUGCUAUCGAGGCCCGGCUUCCUUCCAGUUCGACAGAUGGCGAUACCCUCGAGCAGCUCAGCUUUGAAAAGAUGGCUCUUCCCUACUCAGAAUCCGUGAUUGGUGCUUUAUCUAUAAACGUGGGUUCCUUUAGCGGACGAUUUCUCUCGGCUCUCCCCGUCCGUCAACUCAAGUUUCGCUAUAUUGCUCCCGGGAUUAAAUUGCAAAGUCCCGACGAAUUCAUGAAUCAGCCUUUUGCGAAAUGCCACAAUAACGACCGCUUUCCAAAAUCAUUCAUUACUAGUCAGUCGACAACGGAUUUCCCUCUACUACUAUUUCGAGGAGAGCAGGAGAAUAAGUCCCCCUGGGGUUGGCCCUGGUUUCCCCGCGGUAUUAGAGCAGACAUUCCCGCUGGUUUAUAUAUCGAACCUACCGAUGAAUAUUUCAACUGGGAAUCUAGCAACGCAAGUCGACUACUGCUGCCCUUUGAAAUUGGCAAAAACGGGUUUGCUCGAAGUAGCAAUGGUGUUCCAUUUAUCAAGGAUCUCAGGGGUAUGGAGAGCCUAUCUGAUCAACUAUAUCAGUCGGAUUCAUUUAGUGGAUAUAGUGGCUAUUUACCUUGGGAUUCACGUAGCUCAUAUCUACACAGAGUAUUCGACAAUUGGGCUGAACGCGUGGAAAUGGGUGAUUGGCUGGUCGGCCACGACGGUGUCGUCGGUGGGUUUGACAAGUUCAAAGAGGCCGAUACAGAAAAACAUUGGAAAGAAUACGUUAUCCCUUGGUAAGGGCUUUUGGGGAAGUGCCCUGGAAAAGUGAAUCUUUGUUAGCCAACUGCAACAGCCACCUGUAUGAGACUACCGAUGAGGAUUGUCAAGGCCUCGAUGUCUCGAUGUUUACGGUUUCCAAGGGCGCUCUUUUUGAAAAGAACACUUCCAUCCCACGACUACACUGUAUCCGUGUAACUCACUG